ACGACCUUAUACAGAAAAACUUGGUUUAGAAAAUGUUGGAAUUGAUGUUGAUGAUAAAGGAAGAAUUAAGAUCGAUUCUCAUUUUAAGACUAAUCAUUCACACAUCUUAUGUAUUGGUGAUGUUACUUACGGUGCAAUGUUAGCUCAUAAAGCUGAAGAAGAAGGCAUAGCUGCUGCAGAAUUUCUUGCAGGUGGAUUUGGACAUGUCAAUUAUGAUGUGAUACCUUCAGUAAUUUAUACACACCCAGAAGUUGCAUGGUGUGGUAAAACUGAAGAACAAGUUAAAGAAACCAAAAAACCAUAUCGUGUUGGUACCUUUCCAUUUGCUGCAAAUUCACGUGCACGAACAAAUGACGACUCUGAAGGAAUAGUUAAGAUUAUAUCUGAUGAAGAAACUGAUCUAGUGUUAGGAAUUCAUAUAAUUGGACCAAAUGCUGGUGAAAUGAUAGGUGAAGCUGUUCUAGCUAUGGAAUAUGGUGCAA